AAUUAAUUCAUUAGGUACGAUUGGUUGACAUAAUGGCGAAGCUGGCGUGUGUCUUAUUCUUGGUAGCAGCAUUAGCCUGCACCAACGCUGUCCCAAACCGCAUCGUUGGCGGCAACCCAACCACGAUCGAGAACUACCCCAGCAUCGUCCAGGUUGAGAGCCGCACCGGCAUCAUCUGGGGCCAGUCAUGUGCCGCUAGUAUCCUAAACACCAGAUUCGUCGUGUCUGCUGCACAUUGCUUCUCUGGAAUAUUUAACACCCGCAACCGUCGUAUCAGAGCUGGUACCUCAAACCGUGCGUCAGGUGGCGUCGUGGUCUCCAUCAACCGCAUUGUCAACCACCCCAGUUAUGGCAGAAACCAGAUGGAUGGUGACAUCAGUGUCAUCCACUUGUCUUCAGCUCUGGUCUACAGCGACCGCAUCCAACAAGUCCCUCUUGUGCCCCAAGGGUUUGAACUCCCUGAUAACCUGCCUGUUGUGCAUUCUGGAUGGGGUGCGACUACGCAAGGCGGGCUAGCUUCAGCAAUCCUCCGCGACGUUCAGAUCUACACUAUCAACCACGACAUCUGCGCUGCUCGCUAUGCCAGUCUUUUCCCAUCUAGAAGAGUUACUGAGAACAUGAUCUGCGCUGGUCUUCUCGAUGUCGGUGGCAAGGACGCCUGCCAGGGUGACUCUGGCGGUCCCCUCUACUACGAUGGCAUCCUGGUCGGUAUCGUCUCCUGGGGCCGUGGAUGUGCUGAUGCUGUCUACCCUGGUGUCAGCACCAAGGUCGCCUCCUACACCGACUGGAUUGUACAAACUGUUACCUCUGUUUAAAUUAUUUUAUUAAGCUCUGAUAUUGAUAUUAACUAUAAGUGUUAUAUUUGGA